AUGUCGAAAACUGCCACCAAGACCGGAACUCCAACCCCAUCCCACACUGUUAGAGUAAGCUUCAUGGGCGAAGCUGGAACUGAGGCCUUUGCCAGGCUCAAUGGAGCGAAAGGUUUCAUUUCUCAUCAUGCAUCCAUUGCAACAACUGGAAUGAAUGGCGGAACUCCGUUCAAAAACCCCAUACAACUGUCCUCUUACGGAUCACAAGCUGACACACUCAUACCUCGAAAUGUCUACGCGAUGAAUUGCAAGCUCAUUGGCACUAACAACAACACCGACGAUCAACUUCACUUCGAAAACAUCAAUCGUAUCAACCUUGGCAGCGUCAACCGCUUUGGCGAGUUCUUUGUCGUUUAUUCCCGCGAUUUGAUUCAAGAUCCGGCUCAUGGGGGCAAGAGUACAGUAGUCAUAACUCUCAAACACACUGAUUAUGAUCCGUUGGUCAGUGCACUUUAUUCCCCCAGCGCGCAAUAUGGAGAAGGCGCAAAACAUAUGUCAACUUGGUCGAGAACUGCAAUUGACGGGUCAGAUCAAAGAUUACAACACGGAACUUUUCAUGUGGGAAAACGAAUCCAAUUAGCAACUCCUUCUCCUGCUCGCGGUCCUGGGGGUCCUUCAGGUGGCCGUGUCCCAUUGUCACUUGGUCGAACUGUGCGACCCGUAGCCAGCACGUCAUCAGCUGUUCCCUCCGUCACCAGUGAAAUACAAGUAAUCCCCGAAACCGAAGUUGAACCCGAACCCAACGAGGAGGAAGAAGAAGCAGAAGCCGACUCUCCGCUCGCCGACAUGACCAACAACGUCUAUGGCAAACGGCCACGUCGUCACUGA